CCGAGAGAGCAGCAGCAAUUGAUUAAUAGCUCGGCAAGGGGACACACUGACUGUUAUAAUAACACUACACCGACAACUCCUGGCUUAUCAGCCGGAACAUAGGAGAAAGUCAGUGGCAAAUAGCCAUUUUUCAUCUUUUUAAAAAAAACAGCAACUUGUUUGCUAGUUUUAUUUCUGUUGGAUUUUUUUUUUUUUUUUUUUGGUGGUUGCUUUUAAGUGUGGAGGGCAAAAGGAGAUACUUACAUAGGUUCAGUCCAAUUCCUCUCCAAAACGGCUUCUCUGGCACUCCAGCUGUCUGACAACAUCUACCCGGUGGAAGACCUCGCCGCCACGUCGGUGACCAUCUUCCCUAAUGCCGAACUGGGAGGUCCCUUUGACCAGAUGAACGGAGUGACCGGAGAUGGCAUGAUCAACAUUGACAUGACUGGAGAGAAGAGGUCCUUGGAUCUCCCAUAUCCCAGCAGCUUUGCUCCUGUCUCUGCACCCAGAAACCAGACCUUCACUUACAUGGGCAAGUUCUCCAUUGACCCCCAGUACCCUGGUGCCAGCUGCUACCCAGAAGGCAUCAUUAAUAUUGUGAGCGCAGGCAUCUUGCAAGGGGUCACCUCUCCAGCUUCAACCACAGCCUCAUCCAGCGUCACCUCUGCUUCCCCCAAUCCACUGGCUACGGGACCCCUGGGUGUGUGCACCAUGUCUCAGACCCAGACUGACUUGGACCAUCUCUACUCUCCGCCGCCACCUCCUCCUUAUUCGGGCUGUGCAGGAGACCUCUACCAAGACCCUGCAGCGUUCCUGUCAGCAGCCACGACCUCCACCUCCUCCUCUCUGGCCUACCCACCACCUCCUUCCUAUCCAUCCCCCAAGCCAGCCACGGACCCAGGUCUCUUUCCCAUGAUCCCAGACUAUCCUGGAUUUUUCCCAUCACAGUGCCAGAGAGACCUACAUGGUGCAGCUGGCCCAGACCGCAAGCCCUUUCCUUGCCCUCUGGACUCCCUGAGAGUCCCCCCUCCGCUCACUCCACUCUCCACCAUCCGCAACUUUACACUGGGGGGCCCCAGUGCUGGGGCAACAGGGCCAGGGGCCAGUGGAGGCAGCGAGGGACCUCGACUGCCUAGUGGCAGCUCAGCAGCGGCCGCGGCCUAUAACCCACACCACCUGCCACUGCGGCCCAUUCUAAGGCCUCGCAAGUACCCCAAUAGGCCCAGCAAGACCCCAGUGCAUGAGAGGCCUUACCCAUGCCCAGCAGAAGGCUGUGACCGGCGCUUCUCCCGCUCUGAUGAGCUGACACGGCACAUCCGAAUCCACACAGGGCACAAGCCCUUCCAGUGUCGGAUUUGCAUGCGCAACUUCAGCCGCAGUGACCACCUCACCACCCACAUCCGCACCCACACCGGCGAGAAGCCCUUUGCCUGUGACUACUGUGGCCGCAAGUUUGCCCGGAGUGAUGAGAGGAAGCGUCACACCAAAAUCCAUUUGAGACAGAAGGAGCGUAAAAGUAGUGCCCCCUCGUCUUCCAUGCCAGCUGCCUCUGCAGCUUCCUGCACUGGGGGCACUCAGGCUGGGGGGCCCCUUUGCAGCAGCAACAGCAGUUCUAUUGGUGGAGGGCCCCUUGCCCCUUGCUCCUCUCGGACCCGGACACCUUGAGAUGAGACUCAGGUUGCUAUAACAGCGCCUUUGAGGCCCUUCGUCUACUCUUCCACUAGAGCUGCACGACAAACACUACCACCCUUUCCUGCCACUCCCUCCCUCCCUCCCUUGGGCAAAGGACUUUAGUGGAGCCCAGCACUGCCCCUCCACCUCUCCCCCCCACCCCAUUUAGAAACAGGUCCUUCCUAAAACUUAGCCUGCUUUAGGCUCUCUUGGGUGAGCUGACUAUCACCCUAAGGCAGUGGGGAGGCUUACAAGGGGGUUGCAUGGGGCCCCUGGCCUAGGGGGCUGAGAUCUGACCCUUAUUUAAGGCUCAUUUGACUAGGUUUUGCUUCCCCUCACCCCUCUGAUUUUGCCUGGUUACAGGUUUUUGGCUCUGGAUGUCAGAGUUGAUCCGAGACUUUUUCUACAGUAGGUUUGGGAGAUGCUGAUUCCUUCAGGUGGACAGCAAAAAGACAGAAGCGAAACUGAUGUGCACUUUAUGUCUUGGGACUGAUUUGGGGGAUGCUGUACAAGUGAAGCAUGGCCUUUAUGCUGCAUUCUGUGGCCCUAGAACAGUGAGUCAAAGCUUAUCUAGUCGUCUCAGCCCUUUCAGCAAUAUGUAUUAUAAACUCAGAGAACAGAAGUGCAAUGUGAUGGGAGGGACAUAGCAAUAUCUGCUCCUUUUUGAAUUGUUUGAAAAACGUUAAGACUAUUUUUUCAGUGUAUAUCAACUCAGAUAUUGUGUAUUUUUGAUGUGCACUGUUCUCCAAGUUCUGAACCUUUGGGAAAAAAAGUAAAGCGUUUAUGAUUUCUUGAAAUGUCAGAGGUUAACUUAUUUAAAAGGGAUGUACAUAGAUUCUCUGAAACUUGGAUGCAUGCAAUUGUGUCAGAAGUGUCCUUUGGUGCCUUGUGUGAUGUAGACAAUGUUACAGGGUCUGCAUGUAAAUGGGUUGCCUUACUAUGGAAGAAAAAUCACUCCCUGGGUUUAGUAUGGCUGUAUAUUUCUGCCUAUUAAUAUUUGGACUUUUUUUUAGAAAGUAUAUUUUUGUAUGCUGUUUUGUGACUUAAAGUGUUACCUUUGUAGUCAAAUUGCUGAUAAGAAUGUACAUAAUGUUACUGGAGCUGAAUUGUUUGGUUAUUAGCUCUUAAUAGUUGUGAAAAUAAAAAUGAUUUAUUCUAACGCAAAACCACUAACUGAAGUUCAGAUAAUGGAUGGUUUAUGGCUAUAGUGUAAAUAAAUACUUUUCAACAAUA